GAUAAGUGUUAGACAAGUAGUGAAGUCAGGCAAUGAUUCAUUUUCUCUUGCGAUUGGCUGCCGCCUCCGUGACGUAGCGUAACCCGGAAGCACGCAUGAUCCGUCCAAAGGUCCGGGGCUGCCCGUGACCUUGUGCAUAAGCGGACAGCCGACAUUACUGCCAGCGGCGAAGACUUGCGAUGUCGGCAUCAACAUUUCUGCCGCUAUCCAAGCCGGAUAUAAGAAAUGGAUUCACCUUUUGCAAAGAGCACCUGACCACCAUUCUGCCACUAUUGGCCACUGCUGCUGGAACUUACCUCAUCUGCAGGUACGUCGGUAAGAGGAGCUGCAAGAAGAGCAGGGUCAACCGGGAGGUGAACAAGGACAGCCCCAAAGUGGUGCACAGCAUCGACAUGGAGGACAUCGGCUCCAAGGCCGUCUACUGCCGAUGUUGGAGGUCCAGAAAGUUCCCUUAUUGCGACGGUGCACACACCAAGCACAACGAAGAGACUGGUGACAACGUGGGUCCCCUCAUCAUCAAAAAGAGGGACGCCUGAUGACCAGCGGACCACUGGCUGGCCCUGUGCCUCUGCAUGUCCACAUGGUGGCGCUGCCCCUUGUGUUGCGCUGCUCUGUGUAUACACCGGGCUUCUCUGGGCUCUCGUCUUCCCGCCGUACUCCGCUACCACACACGUCUGGAUCCCCGUAAACAUUUUAAUGGUGAAUGUAAAGAUACAGGAAAGACUCAGGUUUAAAAGUAAUUUCAGAAGCGAAUGUUAGCAUGACUAUCAGAGCCAGUACAAUCCAAUCUGUGAAUCUCCCUACAGUGGUCAGACAGAAACGCCCCCCCCCACCCCGCAGUAAGAACAUGCAGCUCUAUUCCCAAGGGAAGCGUUUGUCUUAUGUGUACAUCAAUUCCAUCCACUGUGACUGAUUUCAUUAUGAUGUAUAAUUAUAAUUCCCUAUUUCAGCAAAUGAUCUAUUUUGAAUAAACUCUGUUGGGAAGAGACA